AUGGAACCCGGUUUGAAACUCUCGAAGUAUGAUGGAGGAGAGAGAGUUGAUCCAAGUUACUACCGGAGUCUAGUUGGAAGUCUGAGAUAUUUGACAUGUACAAGGCCGGAUCUGUGUCUGAGUGUUGGGAUCAUAAGUCGAUUUAUGGAAGACCCGGGGUACACUCACUGGAAGGAGGCUAAGAGAAUUCUGAGAUAUGUGAAGGGAACAAUCUCACAAGGACUUCAUUACUCGAAGUCGGACAAAUACAAACUGACGGGUUAUUCAGACAGUGAUUGGUGCGGAGAUGUUGAUGAUAGGAAGAGCACGGCUGGCUAUGUGUUCUUCAUGGGAAACACGGCGUUUACUUGGGUGUCGAAGAAGGAACCCAUUGUGACCCUGUCUACAUGUGAAGCCGAGUAUGUUGCGGCAUCUUGGUGUGUUUGCCAUGCAAUAUGA